CGGCGCGAGGAGAUCCUUGCGCGAGGCAGGUAGCGCCGCCAUUUUGUGUCGCUUCUGAGGGAAGGCGGCUUUUUCCGAGGCGCGUUCCUCCCGGACCAGGCCCGACGGCGAAGCCCUCUCUCCUUCCUUCUCUCCCUCCCUCUCUCUGUCCCCUUCUCGCCCUGCUCCGGGGCUCCUUCUCGCCCUCCUUUUUUUUUUCUCCACGAGGCUCGGCCCCCACCAACCGCAACCAUUGCCGACCUCGCCAUGUCUGGCGGCGGCGUGAUCCGCGGCCCGGCCGGGAACAACGACUGCCGCAUCUACGUGGGCAACCUGCCGCCGGACAUCCGCACCAAGGACAUCGAGGACGUCUUUUACAAGUACGGUGCCAUCCGGGACAUCGACCUCAAGAACCGCCGAGGCGGGCCGCCCUUCGCCUUCGUCGAGUUCGAGGACCCCAGGGAUGCAGAGGACGCUGUGUAUGGACGGGAUGGAUAUGAUUAUGAUGGAUACCGCCUCCGAGUGGAGUUCCCGCGCAGUGGCCGGGGCACAGGAAGAGGAGGAGGUGGAGGAGGAGGUGGUGGAGCUCCAAGGGGCAGAUAUGGGCCCCCAUCUAGACGCUCAGAAUAUAGAGUAAUAGUAUCUGGACUGCCUCCCAGUGGAAGCUGGCAGGAUUUAAAGGAUCACAUGCGCGAAGCAGGUGAUGUAUGUUAUGCUGAUGUUUUCCGAGAUGGAACUGGUGUCGUGGAGUUUGUACGGAAAGAAGAUAUGACCUACGCAGUGCGAAAACUGGAUAACACUAAGUUUAGAUCUCAUGAGGGAGAAACUGCCUACAUCCGUGUUAAAGUUGAUGGCCCGAGAAGUCCAAGUUAUGGAAGAUCUCGUUCUCGCAGCCGUAGUCGUAGCAGAAGCCGUAGCCGAAGCAACAGCAGAAGUCGCAGUUAUUCCCCGAGACGAAGCAGAGGAUCUCCACGCUACUCUCCCCGUCACAGCAGAUCACGUUCUCGUACAUAAAUUUAUCUUUAAUGGUGCUCCUUUUUGUAGAACCUCACCAUGUUGUAUGCAGUUUUCUUUUACUCAGUGCAGUCUAUUCUUUUUUUUAAAAAAAAAACAACAAAUAAUUCAAGCUGUUUUAUUCAAAAUUGGCUAAAGUGUUUGAAUUGCAUACUUGUAUGAUAUACCUAGUGAAAUAUUUACUCUUUAACAUCAACAUUCCCUCACGUCUUUUCAUAAAUUGUAUUUUAACAUGUCCUAGGCAGGGCUGUCACUAGUUAGUUUGCUGCCACCACUCACUUCCAACUGUGAUAUUGCUGUAUAAAAAUGUCCUUGUCCAGCCAUGGUUUCUGCAAUCGGGGGAUGUUGGGGGAAUGUUUGGGAUUUAAUUGUCUCUUCUGGGGGAAGCUUAUAUUUUAUCUUGCCUUUUCAUGUGUCUUUCUGUAGACAUAUCUGAAGAGAUGGAUUAAGGAUGCUUUGGAUUAAAGGAUUGUGGAUCACAUGUCAAAUCAUUUUAGGAUUGUCAAAAGGAGGAUUGAGGAGGAUCAGAUCAAUAAUGGAGGCAAUGGUAUGACUCCAAGUGCUAUUGUCACAGAUUAAAUUGGCAGUAUUGACCUUAUACUGUAAGAGACUAGCUGGAUACACACAUCUGUCCUAGGCCUGUUUUUAUUUAGUUAUAGUCUUUUUAAAAUCACCAUGAUAGCAAUUGUGGCUAAAUGUACCCAUGUGACGUUCAGUCCUGGGCGGUGGGGGGAAUAUGGCGUGACUGCAGUGUAUCAAUUUACCUGUAAAGACACUUGUAAAACGCAGGUGGUUCCUUGCCUGUGCGUAUAAUCUCAAUACUGCUAAAAUCUGCAUGUCCUCUGUGUGACUUGAUAUAGCAUUGCUGUUUCACCUUAAAAGUAACCGAAUGAGACCAAUGUUAAGAGGGGGGUGGGGGUGCCUUGGGGGAGUCUUUCUUAAGUCCACCCUCUUCCCCUUCAAGAUAAAUCGGAAUUGACUUGCUGAUAACUUCAGUUAGCUUUGUUACCUUCCUUACUAAGUACAAUGAGCUUUUAGUUUAGACAUGUCAUAGGCAGAUAGCUUUAGAAGUAAGUUUUGACAACUUUGUAAAAUGUUUUUGCCACCUCAAAAUUUGCAACGUACCAUAUAUUGGCAUUACAAACGCCCCCCUGCUGUAAAUACUAGAAUGUUUCCUUCAAAUGAUUUAACAUUGCUAAAAUCUGAGCUUUGCAAUUCAAAAGCUUGUCUUGGGGAACUGAUAGUUAUCGCUGCACGUCGUUAUUAAAUAUCCCGUGGCAGACAUAACUCAUCAUUCCCCAGAAUCCUAUUUUCCAUUACGGUAUCUAACUUUCUGCCUCCUCUUUUUUGGUUUUGCUGGUUAUAAAGGUUUGGAUUGGAGAGGGCUCACUGGAUCCCAAUCCUUGGAGCUGGAUCAUUGGAUUCAAAUCAUAAUGUGGAUAGGAUAGGGAGGAUCAAUGGCAAGGAUUCAUGGAGCGGGAUCAGAUUACCAGGACAUAGGAGUGGAUUCCUGCCCCAACCAAACCGCACUCGUGUGGAUUUUUAUUCAACUCAAUUGGCUAUUCCAAAGCUUUUUCCUAUUUUUGACGAUUGGAAGCCCUUAAAGAUGCACGAUGGAGUUUUCAUUUUUUGGUAAAAGGAGCAAAGCAAGGACCUGGAGAGGUACGCUGGAGCAUUCUCCUUGGAAGGAUUCAGCACGAGUAGAUGGUAAAUGUUAAAGGGAAAAAGGGGGGUUUGUUUAAAAACGUUAUACCAAUAAGUCGUUUGUCUAAAUUUAAAGACAAUAAGAAAUUGGAGUCAUAAGUAGGUUUCCAAUUGGCUAUUGCCUUUUUUUUCUUUUGACAAAUAAAAUUUUAUUAAAAAAAGGUG